AUGGCGGCGGCGCUCCCUGCCCCUGUGAACAUCCGAAGACAUGUGAUCGUCGACUCCCGAGAAAAAGAUGCCCUCCAUCCACAACACCUCGAACAAGGUUCUUGCGCCAUCCACUCGUCCAUGACCAUAUUCUUCGACCUGUGCUCCAAUGCAGCGUUCUUCAAGCUCCAGUCGCCCGUCGUAUUACUGGUUCCAUCCUCCCAGACCGACCACUAUGAUACCGUGCGGUCCAACGUGCAUCUGUGCAUCCGCCCCGAACAAAUUGUGUCGCUCGUGUAUGACCGACAACAAUUGCCGGAGAGACUGGCUCCACUAUAUAAGAAGAUAGCAGGCCAAGAAACAAUACGUCUACAUUUCACUCUCUCCAAACCUGCCGAGUGGAUCGUGCCAAACUUCCGAAGCCUAGUGCCGAAAACUCACGAGGAUGCCCGUUUGCUAGGGGCAUUCCAGCGGCUUGCCAAGGUACAGUCCAUGGCAAUUUACAUGCCGAGCAACGCGAUAUCAGACGCAAAGGCCUCGUCCCUAUGUGAGGCGGCGUCGACGAGCGGGCAACUGGAUUCGAGUCCUCACCAUGCCGAUUUUCAACGCUGGUAUUCAAGUCCAGGAGGGAAGGUUGUCCCCCCGGACGACAUAGCGGAUGCGGUCGCCGCAGACCGGCCAACUGAAAGCCCGCCUUCCUAUGAUGACCUCGGUCUCUCACCGCCAGACCCGCACGACGCUUCGGUGUCCCGAAAGAGGGCACGAACGAGCUCCGGGGGUCACGAGAAGCCACUUGAUGUCCACAAGGCGGUUGUACCAAUAGACAAAGCCGGGCAAAUGGCUGAUCGACUAAGAGACCUGGUGCUGCAAGCCGAGAAGAAGGAGGCUCUGCUCAAGGAAAGAAUCGAUGACGCAGACCAGAGGCUGGUCCGGCUGGCCGAGGCAACGGCCGAGGACAAGGAGUCCCAACUAGAGGGGCUUAAGCAAUACGUAGAUGAUCGGCUUGAAGAGACGCGUCUAGAGAUCCGCGAGUUCAUAGAUGAACGAUUUGAUGACAUUGGUGUCGAUGUUGUGCUCAAAUCUGAGAUGGAGGACUAUGUUGAUGAAGCGCUGAGGGCAGCGGAAGAUGAUCUCCAGGCGAGACUAAGCGGCAGUGGAGUUAGGGUCAUUCUUGAUGAUUGA